AUGGUUUCUGGAGAAUUCUGGUAUGGGAUUCCAAACGUGGCAGAGGACGAAAUGUUCGCGAUGACGGCAACGUUCAAGAGAGAUCCCUUUCCCGAGAAGGUUAAUCUGGGUGCUGGAGCUUACAGAGACGAAGACGGAAAGCCAUGGGUUUUGCCUGCAGUUAAAAAGGCUCAUACGUUACUCAUCGACUCUCCUACCUUGGACCAUGAAUAUCUUCCUAUCACUGGCCUCGCUGAGUUCACAACUUCCGCGGCCGAGUUGAUGUUUGCGAAAGAGUCGGAGGUGAUAAAGCAAGGAAGGGUUACGUCAAUCCAAACAAUCAGCACUACUGGGGCAAAUCACUUGGGUACAUUUUUCCUGUCGCGAUUCUAUCGGUUCAAUGGCGAAAGGGAGGUCUACAUGAGCCGACCUACAUGGAUAAACCACUAUGCAAUUUUUACCAACGUCGGCAUCACACCGAUCGAGUAUCCAUACUACAAUGCUGACACUCGAGCAAUCGACUUCGACGAAAUGCUUUUGACGAUGAAGAACGCGCCCCCCGAUCUAUUUUCGUCUUGCACGCGACUGGAUCCGUCCCAGGAGCAAUGGACUACCAUCGCCGACAUCAUGCUUGCGAAGGGUCAUUUCGCCUUCUUCGACACGGCGUAUCAGGGAUUCACCACCGGUGAUUUAGACAACGACGCGUGGGCCAUUCGAGAAUUUUCUCGACGCGGCAUAGCGAUGCUCGUCUGCCAAAGCUUCGCCAAGAACGCGGGUCUGUAUGGUGAACGGGUGGGAGCGCUGCAUUUCAAUGUCAGCACCCCGCCAGCAUAUGGAGCAAAAUUGGUGUCCCUCAUUCUUAACGACGCAUCCUUGUACGAGGAAUGGAAGAGAAACAUCAGGACCAUGGCCGGGCGUUUGAUUGGAGUAAGGAAGGAGCUCUACCGGCUGCUGACGGAGGAGCCCAAGACUCCAGAGAACUGGGAUCAUGUCAUCAACCAGAUCGGAAUAUUCAGCUUUACAGGGAUAUCGGAAGCACAGAGCAAGCGACUCGUAGACGAAUUCCACGUAUAUAUCGCGAAGAACGGGCGGAUUUCCCUGGCUGGACUGAAUGCAAAAAAUAUUAGGUACUUUGCGGAGAGUUUAGACACGGUCGUGAGAGGUUGACGGACAUAGACGAAUUAAAUAAUAGACAUUGAUAGAAUAUUUGGGAUUUACUGGUUAUCCAGGGAAAAAUCAAACAAGUAUUGACGACGAAGUAUGAAGUAGUCGAGUUCGCUGCUGUGGAUGAAAGCAGGAUGAAACAGCAAAGUUGCCAAGCCAAGCCUCGUGGCCGCGAAGCCCUAAAUAUAGCUUAUUCAUCUACCACCAUCAACCCCGACGCCCUCACUUCUACCCACGUUCCCUCAUCUGUAUGCAACGCUCAAUUGCCUCGUUUCUUUCAUUAUCAACGUGGUCAGCAUGGAGCAACCAGCAGAAUCAGGCCUGGCAUUUAGCUCACCUUCGUCGAUUCUCCACUUCACGACCCCGGCAUGAUUUUCACUUUGACACCCACCAUUUUGUUCAACGGCUCGAGCGGGAAGGACUCAACCGGGCGCAAGCAGAGGGUAUCAUGUCCGCUAUAGCCGAAGUCAUCGACGAGAGCAUACGGA